AGCAAUAUAUUCCAUAUUCCAUCCACUCGUUCCACUGUUUGCUUUUCAUCAUGCUGCCAUUUGUAAGUGGGGCAAGAAGUCUUCGAUAUAUUCGGUCAAAUUUAAAAUUCUCAACUAAACUAAGGAAAAAUAUAGGAAGAGCAUGUCAAGUGAAACAUGCCAGAACAGUAUCUAUACUUGGUGUAGCUGAUAAACAAUGUUUAAACAAUAAGAUUCAAGACAUUUUAAAUAGAAAUGAUGUCACUAGGCCUCUCUCAACACCAGCUUACAACCUAUCUGCUGUUUGCAGUUCAAUUAUGCUUUUAAACUGUGAUGGUGGGGCAACUGCUUUAACUACUGCUUUAGGGACAGGUGAUGAUGAUGAAGUGACGACUAGUGCGGGUAAAAAAAGAAAACAUUGGAUAAAACAUGAUGUGAAAGGUUAAUGCAAAACUGGUUGUGCAUGCUUAACCACAUACCAGUUGUAUGCCAAAAAUGGUAUACACCUCAUUUUAAUACUUUUAAAAUUAAUGCAGAUAUUAACAUCUUUUACUGAGGUGGUUCAGUAUAAUUGCAUGAGAAUACAGAGUGAAGUUUCUAAUUGCCACAUGAGUUACAGGCAUGUAUUGUUUCAUAGUCUACAUUACAUCUUGGGCUUUUUAUUUUGAGCAAAUCAGUUUUUGAGUUGUAUAUUUCAUAAAACUGAUGAAGAUGGAGGUUUCUGCUGAUUGAAAUCUCUAUGCAAUAAAUGUAGUUUUUCCACAAAACUGAUAUAGUG